CCGGAGUAGACGGGGGGACGGCUUCAAUACAACCAACAUUUGGACCAGGAUUCCAUCCAACGGGGGGGAUUUGGACUGAAAAUGUCAGCAGAGAAAGUCAAGAGAACGGAAUAUCUAUCUGUGAAGGAUUUGCAGAAGCUGCUUGACUCAUGCAAACUACAUCUCGGUCAAAUCGACGAGGUCUGGCCGAACAUUUACAUAGGCAAUGUGGCAGUAGCCCAAAACAAGACUGCCUUGCUGAAGUUAGGUAUAACUCAUGUAUUAAACGCUGCUCACUCCAAGCGAGGCAGCAUAGGGAACCACAGCUUUUAUGGCAACGACUUUGUGUAUUGUGGCAUUCCAGCAGAUGACUCGACACACUUCGAUCUGGAUGUUUACUUCCAGCCCGCAGCCGAUUUCAUUCAAAAGGCUCUGAAGUCACCUGAUGGGAAAGUUCUGGUGCACUGCAUCAUGGGAAUGAGCCGCUCCUCGACGCUGGUGUUGGCGUACCUUAUGAUCCACCGCCAACUCCCGCUCAAACGGGCUUUGCAGAAAUUGAUCCAGAAGAGAGCCAUCUACCCCAACAGGAACUUCCUGGCUCUGCUGUUGGAUCUGGAUCUUCAGCUGACGAGAAAAGAGAAAUCGUGUCAGAUCCUGUGAUCGGGAGGAGACGUUUACAAGAAUCGGCCACACGGCGGCGUGGUUUCUGCAGCGAUUCAACAGUCAAGACUGAAAUUAUUUCAACAACCAAUUGACUGUUGUAAAAUUAGAUUCAACAAAUAAGUGAAUUUCUCUCAGACUCAGCUGUGCCUUGAGAUUAACUUAACACGUUAUGAUGCUAUGACGUUAGCAUGUUAGCCUGUUAAACAUAAUGGGGCAGAAUGGGAAUGCUGAUUACAUUAACUCCAUAACAUUUCAUCUACUCAUCGCUCAGUUUUUUUUAAUUAGCAUGUUAAAUGUUCACAUGUUAACACAUUAAAGUGUUAAAUGUUCAGGACACAAUGUUUGCACGUGUCGCUGCUUCAACAUGCUAGUUGGCACAUUAACAUGCUAACAUUCUGAGCAAGGCUUGCUAACAUUCACAGAUGCUAGCAGUAUUUAAAACAGUAGGCUGAUUGCUGACAUGUGUGGAAGCGUGACACUAAUACGUGUUAACAAAGAAGUUGCACCAAAUCUGACGUGCUGAGCCUCACGAGCAGUGUCUGAGAUGUUACGUAAAAAACCAUAGACGGUUUAUAAAGAUGGACGACAUGACAGCUCUCCAAAAUUGAAGCCAAUAGUUCUUGAUCGCCCCCUGUCUGGCUGUCUGCAGUAUAGGUUAGAAACCCCACCUCCUCCGUGUAGGUGGACGGGACAGGGGCCAGACUAAAAAUUCAAUGUACAUGUCAAAUUAUAUUUUCUGAAAUUUUGACAUCUGGCUCUAGAUUUCGUCAAAAGCACAAGAUGCUGGCACCUGUUUCCUGAAUAUUUAGGCUUCAUUUUUGAACAGUGGGAGGAAGUGAAUCGUCAUUUAAAGUCUGAGGUAACAACAGUAUCAACAUGGCCUUUGUUGGGCGCCGCCACCCUCAGGGUUGUCUCUCCAUUAAAUAUCAAUUCUCAUGUCAAGUUUGUCAUGACCUGCCUUACCUCCUCAUGGACAUGCUAACGUGGCUAUAAACCUUUUCUUUCUUUCUUUUUUAUAGUGAUUAUUAGAGGCAGUAAAGUUGAAAACAACAACGUCUUAACAAAAGACAGUGAAAACAGAGAAAGGAGUUCGAAAGAUAUUGAGAUUUUAUGUCUUGAAUUAUGUGUCAUGCUUGUAAGAUGCUUUUUCUUCAGCACCUCAGUUUGUAUCACAACAGAAUGGACCAAAUGUCUCAUGGAAAAUGUUCUACAAAGGAUCACAUUUUAGUAAACUCUGUCGAUGACUCAGACAAGAUUCGUAAGACCAACCCAUCAGUGUUCACAGUAUGAAAACGCUUCUGUGUGUUCGUCAAGCGAGUCGAGCCGAUCGCUGCUGUUCAUCGAAAAGAGUUCAGGUUUUCAAUAGUUUAGGAAAUGAUGUGUUGAAACAUGAGGAAUGUCGGACACACAAACGUACAUUUAUGCAUCUACUGUAUAUGAUUUCCUCUCAACCUCACAAUAGCCAACACAAGGUAUCACACACACACACACGCACACGUUGGUAUUUUAAUUGUUCACCAGCUUUUACACGACCAGCUCUUUGAAAAUAACUCUCUGAAAAAACUGAAUGACAUGAAUCAUUUGUAUUGUCCUGUGUCGUGGUUUUAAUAUGUGGGUUUAUUCUGUGGAUAUUUUAUUGGGAUACAAGAAAUGAAUUCAUGAAGUUUAUGUGAUAAAAAGAAAUGUUUCUA